AUGACGUUUACACCACGAUCACUUCCUGACUUGUCGGGGCAAGUUUACAUUGUAACCGGAGGAAAUACCGGAAUUGGGUUCAAUACCGUACUGGAAUUGGCAGCUCACAAGGCGAAAGUGUACAUGGGUGCACGAUCCGAGGCUAAAGCCAACGCUGCCAUCGUCGAGAUCAAAAGUCAAUAUCCUCAUGCAGAUAUAUCCGUCUUGGUAAUGGACAUGAUGAACUUGAAGACCGUCAAGACCGCGGCUGACGAGUUUGUACGAAAAGAAUCGAGGCUCCAUGGUCUAGUGAACAACGCGGGUAUAAUGGCUACGCCUUACGAGGAAUCUGUAGAUCAUUACGAAGCUCAAUUCCAGACAAACUACCUUUCUCACUGGCUUUUGACCUACAGUCUAUUGCCUAUCCUCACCCAGUCUGCACGAUCAACCAGCCCUGGAACAGUCCGAGUCGUUAACGUUAGCUCCGACGGCCAUCUCCUGUUUUCCCCCUCGGCGGGAAUCGAUUUCGAUGAUAUAAACCAAACCAAGGGCAGUGCAUUUUCGCGAUACGGCAUGUCUAAGCUAGCCAACAUCUUGCACGCCAAAGAACUACAUCGCAGAUAUGGUCCAUCACCUGAGAAUGACGGACAGGAAGAGAUUUGGACCGCGAGUCUGCAUCCGGGCACAAUUGACACUGGUCUAGGCCGUAACGCUACCGGUUCGUGGGCUUGGCAAGCACUCGUCCCGGUGAUGCGACUUUUCAGGCUCUACAGCCCACUUGAGACUGCGGCAUAUACGUCUCUCUUCGCCAUCGCUGGCCCAGACUUUCAUCGGGAUAUGAGUGGAGAAUAUUUGAAACCUGUCGGUAUCGUUGGCAAAACGACUCCAACUGCGCAAGAUCCGAAGCUGGCAGAGGAGCUCUGGCGCUGGACAGAGAUUGAGAUGAGAAUCAAGGGAUUCAUUAGUUGA